UAUGUAACAGACAUAACCCUGCAGGACAGAUGUGUUUUCAGCAAAUGUGGCAAAUUUUUGGAUUUGUUCCAGCAGCUGGAACAGAAACAGUCCAGUUCAGUCUGAAGCCAUCACUGUUCAUCUGCACCAAACUCUGAGGUUUUACAUGUUGAGUCUGAAACUCAAUCAGUGGUUAGUAUUUGAAAACUUCAUUUAGGAAUUGUGGAAAAUGUCUGAAAUACUUCAAAACAUGCUGAACAGUUUAUCCAUCUAAUGACUCUGAUUGUUCAUAAACUGUAGGUUUUGAUAACGUCUCUCCAUUGAUGAUUAGAUUAUUUUAUUUUAAUGUGGCACUUUGGCCUGAAGUCCUUCUGAUCGCUCAUUUUCCUCUUGAAGACCGUUUUUGGGAGGAUAUUGUUACUGUGAUGGUGUUUGUGAAACAGCACCUCCUUUGGGCUGUGGAGGCCAGUGAGGGGUUCUCAGGUGUCAGAGUGGUGUCCCUGUGCAGUACACACAUCACCACCGGAGCGUUUUGGCGACAACACGCUCGAGCUCAGGUAGGAUUCAGACUCACCUCAUUUUUCUCCUUUCAGUUAUCAAUCGAGCUGCAGGUUUGAGAUUUAAUGUGCUCAUACUGUUGUCAUGGAGACUAAAGCUGAUGCUGUGUCUCCCUUUCUCCUGAUUUCAGUCACGGUGAGCUGCAGCCUCCCAGCAUGCAGUGGGGCGUCCUGGUCCGGGUCACAUCCUCGGCUGCACCAGGUCCGUCUGUGCGCAGGAUCUCUGUCCUCUGUUCCCCAGCGCCACCAAGCCAUCCGAGCCGCCAUGUCCCUCAACAUCUCGCCAUCUAAAACCAGAGCAACCGACAACAGAGAUAAUGGAGUCAAGGAUGAAGCUUCUUCAGGUCCAUCAAACUCCAUGAAGCCUUCUCGGACACACCAGGAACUACAUAAAGAACUCCUACUUGCCCACAAAAGAGGCCUGGUGCUGAGCAGAAGGUCAGAACUUCAGCAGGUGCUUGAGAGGAGGAAACAGGUUCAGAGUCAGAAGGAAGAGGAAGAGCACUGCAGGACCCCCCUGGAGGACGUGUUGCUCAAGCAUCACCAGAAACACCUUGAGAGGGAGAAGCAGCAAGAGGAGAAGGCAGAAGAGGAUGUCCACUUAAUGGAGUUUGUUCGGGUCCGACAGAACCUGAGGAAAAUCCACAAUAAGGCCACCAACCGCUGAAGACCUCAGAUC